UCAAAUUUAAAGGUUAUGUUGUUUAUUUUGGGUUGGGAUAUUUAAAAUCCAUUAUUUAAAUGGGACAAUGGUUAUUACAUAAAAAAAUAUAAAACGAUGGUUAAUAAUGUUGAAAUUAUCGCGCGGGUGUUUCGCCAAGUUAAACUGUACAGAAUCAUCACUUUAGUGGCUGUUGUAUUAUUCGUUAUACCAUGGAUUGCCCAUUAUUACUUAUCCAGCGUCGAAAGAAACUCGAUUCGUAUUACACACGGAGCGCAUUCCCAUCUGGAUUUACCAGAAGAUUUCGGUUCGGUGAAAGAUAUGGAUCUUCAAGCUAGAUUAGAAGAACUACUCAGGAUUAAAGGUUCCGUUUCAAGCGAACUCCGCGACAUGGAGAAUAAACGGCAAAAAUUGCAGAGUGAGAUACAAAUGUACACUAAAAAUAUAGAACUUUUAAAAUCCGAGUUGUUACAUCAACAGACUGAAUUAACUAGACUUAAGAUAUCCGUUGAACAGGCUCAGGUAGCACAACGUGAAGCUUUACAACGUAACACCCCCGAUUUAGCUUUACCAAAACGAUUAAAAGCCGAUUCUUUACCAUCAAUUUUACCGGUUUUACCAAGAAAUAUAGCACGAAAUUGUCGAAUGUAUACUUGUUUUGAUCAUUCCCGAUGUUCAAUAACUUCCGGAUUUCCUGUUUAUUUAUACGAUCCGGAUGAAUUUCCUGUUAUGCAUGACGGUUGGGAUGUUGAUGGGUUUUUAAAAACAACUUUAAAACAAGUAUUAGGUUAUAAUCCUCAUUUAACAUCAAAUCCUAAAGACGCUUGUAUUUAUUUAGUUUUGGUUGGUGAGGCUUUAAAAGAUAGCGAUGAAUUUAAUGACCAAAGAGGUUCAAUUAAUGGUCCUCCAAUUGAUUCGAAAGCUUUAAAACGACUCCCAUAUUGGGGUGGAGACGGUAGAAAUCACGUUUUAUUAAAUUUAGCGAGACGUGAUUUAACUUCGAGUUUACGAGAUAUUUCUUCUAGUAUUGAUACGGGUCGUGCUAUUGUUGUACAAUCGACUUUUGCUUAUACAUCGUUUAGAUACGGGUUUGAUUUGAUUGCUUCGCCUAUUUUGGGGCCUCCAGGGGGCGAUGUCUGGCAGGAGUGCCCCUCAAUUAUUCCGGCGCGAAGAAAAUAUUUAAUAUCGUUUCAAGGGGAGAUUAAAGACGUGAAAAAAACUAUUACGAACCCUCCAAAUGAAAAAUAUCAAUUUUUUAUUGAUGAUUAUAAAGAAUUAGAUAGAUUUAUUAUCGAUCAUUUAAAAGAGAUUGAAAAGGGGACUACAAACGAUCGAUUUUUAUUCGAAUUCGUUUGUAACCCGGCUAGUGAUGAUUCGAUAAACACGGGAAAUUUAGAUUGGGGUUUAUGUGGAACUGAUUCAUCGAGAAAAUCAGUAUUAAAAGACUCCACUUUUACAUUAAUUUUUGCACCAAGAUCGGCUGAAUUAGCGUCAACAACUUUGUUGCAAGCUCGUACUUAUGAAGCACUUCGUGCUGGUGCUGUUCCGGUUAUUUUAGGUGGAGAUCAAAUUAAACUGGCUUAUGAUGAGGUUAUUCAAUGGAAACGAAUUUGUAUUUUCUUACCAAGGGCUCGCGUCACUGAAUUACACUUUUUGUUACGGUCGAUACCCGAAUCGGAUAUUGUUGCAAUGCGUAGGCAAGGAAGAAUUGUUUGGGAGCGUUAUUUAGCUUCUGUACAAAGCACGGUUGAUACGAUGAUAGCAAUUCUUCGGGAAAGAUUAAAUAUACCACCUUUACCGGUUGAUACAGUACCUGCAGUUUCAGUUUUUAACGAAACAUUCCAACCAAUUCAAGCUUUAAUUAAUUUAGAAUCGGAACCGGAAGAAAGUUUGGGUCCUUUAGAACCACCAUAUAACAGCCCAUCUUUUCGAAGAAAUUAUAGUUUCUUAUUAACUCAAGGUCAUGAGAUAUGGAAUGAUUGGGGAGAUCCGUUUCGAUUGUAUCCGACUUUACCGUCAGAUCCUAUUUUACCAUCGGACGCGAAAUUUCUUGGUUCAGGAACUGGGUUUAGACCAAUUGGGCGAGGACAAGGUGGAGCGGGGAAAGAAUUUUCUGAAGCUCUUGGUGGAAAUAAUCCUCGAGAACAAUUUACGAUUUUAAUGUUAACGUAUGAAAGAGAACAAGUUUUGUUGGACUCAAUCGCCAGAUUGAGAGGUUUACCCUAUUUAAAUACCGUCGUUGUCGUUUGGAAUUCACCUAAAGCUCCGGCCCAAGAAUUGAGAUGGCCUGAUAUUGGAGUUCCAGUUCAUGUAAUAAAAGCGGCAAGAAAUUCUCUUAAUAACCGAUUUCUUCCGUUGGAUAAUCUUCAAACCGAAGCGAUUCUUUCAGUUGAUGAUGACGCCCAUUUACGUCAUGACGAAAUAAUGUUUGGAUUUCGCGUUUGGAGAGAACAUAGAGAUCGGAUUGUGGGAUUUCCGGGUCGAUAUCACGCUUGGGAUUUAAAUACUCAAAAUAGUUGGUUGUAUAAUUCAAAUUAUAGUUGUGAAUUAAGCAUGGUUUUAACGGGGGCAGCUUUUAUACACAGACAUUAUUUACAUUUGUAUUGGAAAUGGUUGCCGCAAGCGAUUAGAGAUAAAGUUGAUGAAUACAUGAAUUGCGAAGAUAUUGCCAUGAAUUUUUUGGUUAGUCACAUUACAAGACAGCCACCUGUUAAAGUUACAUCAAGGUGGACUUUUCGAUGUCCUGGGUGUCCACAGAGUUUAUCUGAGGAUGACACUCACUUUGAAGAAAGGCACAAGUGUAUUAAUUAUUUUGUACAGGUUUUUGGAUAUAUGCCUCUAUUAAAUACUCAAUAUCGAGCUGAUAGUAUAUUAUUUAAGACGAGGAUUUCGCAUGAUAAGCAGAAGUGCUUUAAAUUCAUAUGAGCUAAAAAUAAGCAAUCUUUGUCCAAAAUAGUGAAUAGCGUUUUACACUUUUUACCGACUUGUAAUUUAUUUUAAUUUUUUAAUGACUUUGUGAUAUUCAUGGUUUUAGCUAAAAUAUUAGGAAACAUUUAUGUCUUUGUGCCAUUUGAGUCAUUUGUACAUAUUAUUUUUAAGAAAAAAAACUUAUGUAUAAGUCUAAUAAUAAAAAAAAUUUUCAUUUCAUCAUAAA